CCAGGACACACAAAAGGAUAGUGUCACUACAACAUGUUGCUAUGGUGACGGUAAACAUAUCUGUCUGUAUAACUUACAGAGACCAUAAGGUAAAAAGUCACCGAGACAGACAAGCUUGCCGGCAUAGAUGGCAGCCCCAAAACAACCUGGAUCUGGUAAAGAAUUCAACUUUGUGGAUCAGGAUAAAAUCUGGAAAGUUCACGUCAAAAUAGAGCUUGAGUCAGCCAAAGCCUGGCCCAAUAAAUGGGGAUUCUUGACCACGUCCUACAAGACGCAGGAGCAGAGCCACAAGCUGAAGGAAGUUGUAAGAUUAGAGCUGCCCCAGCAUCUUAAAACACGUCCUCCUUCCCCACCUGAGAAAUACAUCCAGGUGGGACCCUCUCCCCCUGUUCCGCAGACCACCCAGGCUCUGAUUGGCUGGCGCUCAGCAGUGCCCGAGCUGCAGCUGGAGCGCUACGGAAAGGUCAAGUGUGGGAAGAAGAGCUUUUUGAAGGAGCUUGGCUGGGCUUUCGACGCCUGCAUAUGAGGAACUCCCCCACCGCCCUUGCGGCUCAAUAUAUGACUUUCCCUUAUACUCUGCUCUUGUUUGUCUUUGUGUCCCUCUGUCGAGGUUUUUGCUCCCUCCUUUUUUUGUCUCAAAUACUCUAAAGUCCUCUGAUAUUAGCACAGUCAGCUAAAACAAAUUGGGAUUUGAUUUAACUCAAUAUUGAUUAAUACUAAAUUAAUACACAAUCUUCAUCUGAUUUUAUUUACUUCUGUCUCUCCUCACACUUCAUUUUAACACAAAUAUUGCAUACUAUAUCCAACAAAAUUAGCGCAAUGGGUACUUGAUUUUGCUGCUCCAAUGAAAAUCACUUUAUUAUUCAUAGGAUAUUAUGUUCUUUCAUUCUAUAUUCAAUGGUGCUGUAUUCCCACAAGUGUCAUGUAUUAGAUAAAGGGCAAUCUGCAGUUCAAACAAGCUUAUAUUUUGGGUUCUGGUGGGGUACGACAGACGAACUAAGCUCGUGAUGCAUAAUAAGUCAUGUUUGUCAAGAAUCAUUGGCCAUAUAUCAUGAAUUUGAAGUCCAAAAUGGAUGUAGCAAUCGCAGAUUACCCAUUUAAGGGCCAACAUUUUUAUUGAAAAUAUGUUGCUACAAAGUGUAUAUGAAUUAGUGCAUAUUUAUUGAGAUGCAUUUUUAGGAGGGUAUAAACAUUUUAAUUUUAAACAAUGUUUGUUCUAUUUGCUAGCCUUGGUAUAAUUUUUCAAUGGCAGUAGUUGACCAAGUAAUAUCAAUGUGCCUUAUCUUGCAAUUGUUUGUCACUUUCAUAAUAUAUUUAUUUCUUUAUUUGCACAGUGUAUUUGAAAGAAUUUACAUUAAAACCCUGGGUAGCAAUAUUUUACAUGACAUAGCAAAGUGUUAUUACAUAGUAAUAAUCUAAGAUUUACUUUUUUGGUGGAUUCAUUAAAUCAAGCAUCACUUGACACCAUUUAUCAGCUGUGUUAAAUGAUUACCAAGUACCAGAAAGUACUCAUAAUGUCCUACAAAAUACCAGGUAGGCCUAAAUACCAAUGAAAACAGCAGAGCAAAAUAAAGUGCAAUCAAAAGA